UCUCACAAAUAGUAGAGCACUCUAGAGAAAGUCUGCGGCAAAGAGAACGAGUGUGUGUGUGUGAAAGAGAGAGAGAGGGGAGAGAGAAAGAGAGAAGAAAAGAAAGGAAAACAGGCAUUGCUCAUUUACAAAACAGCGAUCAGCGCAGCGAUCGCUUCAUCACCUCCAGUGUACAUAUUUGGAACGCACACACACAACACACAAACAGAGAGCCACUACGCACACAGAAAGCAGAAGUUAAAAGAGGAAAGCCGGGUUUUUUUUCUCAGCAACGAGGCUGGUAUGGCACAGGGCUCUGACAGUAACGACACCAGCUACACCAGGUCCCCUUCUCCGGGCAGCACACGGGGCUCCCAGGACGACAUGAGAAAGGUGAUGAGGAGGGAGAAGAAUCGCAUCGCCGCUCAGAAGAGCAGGCUACGACAGACCCAAAAGGCCGACAGUUUGCAUUUGGAGAGCGAGAACCUGGAAAAGGAGAACGCUGCUUUGAGAAAAGAAGUGAAGAGGCUUCGAGAGGAAGCAAAGUAUCUGACUUCAGUCCUGAACAACCAUGAACCCGUGUGCACCGGCCUAAGCUCGCCCUCGUCCUCAGAUCUGCUCUACGGCGCCCACCACGGAGGUUACCACCAGCACAUUGCAGUGCAGCACUACCCCCUCUGACCAUGGGGUGGCGUAAACAAGUCAUGAAUGAAGUGUCACCUUUUUUGGGGAGAAGGUGAGGUUGGCGAGAUUGAACUUUCACUUGGAUGCAAAGAAGAGGCUUUCACAGAGCCACCUAAGACAUUGUUUUGGAUCAGUGUCCAUCUCAAAUUACUGGUUCCCACAACGUGACAGCUGAUGAGUGUAACUAGUAGGCUAGCCUACUUCUGCAAUUGAGAAAGCAAACCAUGGUUUACAAGUUUUUACAACACAGGGAAACAAAGUGGUUCUCUAAAUAGAAAUGAAUGUAAAAAAGCAUAUUAUGUAUGAAUAUAACUUUGUAUAUUGGACAACUUUUACACCUCGUGCAAUUACGAUUAAUGACAAAAUACAAUAAGGCAAAUAUGUCACUUGUGUCUGCGCAUAGUCUACUUUGGGUACCAUUUGUGAAAUAUGUAUAACGUGGCCCUUCAGUAUUGAAUGUAAUGUUCCUUUUAUAUAGUCUUUGAAAAGAUAUCUAGUGUAUCUCCUUUUUGCUGAGAUUUUUAGUUCGCUAUUCUAAUCCACAUUUUCAAAUUCAGGUACUGAUCUUAGAGCAACCUAAGAGAAAUAAUGUGUUCCUUCACAAUCCUGGCGCUGUGAAUGAGGGACAAACAAUUGUGUCUCAAACCGGACAAUUCUAGGCAAUCAGCACAUUGCCUCAGAAGAACAGAAGGAUGUGAUUUGAUUGGCUCCACUUUGCGUCAGGUUGUGAACUGCCCAUCUUUAAUGACGAGCCCUUGCAAUACAGUAGGCUGUGUUAAAUUAUAGUCUGAGCCAGCAAAUUAUUAUUUCUAAUGUUAAUUUCUGUUUCAAGUUUUCAACCUUUUUAAAGUUCGAAUGGAAAUUUGCAUAGAUGCAUCCUUUCACAACUGUUGCUCUCACGAUUCCAUAUAAAUAACUUAAGCCAAUGUUGUUUUGAAAAUGUUUGUGCUGUUGUUUAUAAAUGUAAGCCAUCUUUGGAAAA